GGCGGGACGGCUGGGCAGGCGCCGAGCUCGCAGUUGCUGCGGUGGCCGCCGGCGGGCCGGGCGCAGGGUGAAGACACCAAGACUCAAAGAGGCCAAGCCACUCGCCGGGGGUCACACAGCCCAAAGAGGCAGAGCCAGAACUCACCCAGCCUCGGGGUUAAGCGUGCUACGUGCCUCAGAGGAUUGUCGAGAAGAUUAAAUGAGAUGGUUGGUGUGAAGGCUUAGCCUAGUGUGUGACUCAAGCUGUGCCCCCCUCCACCAUCCCCACCCAUCUGAAAGCACUUCUCUGUCCUUCACCCUCAAGUCAGAGCUAUCUGAGAUCAGCGGUAUUUCCUGCAGCCCCGCCGCAGCUGGAAGCUUCUUGAAUCCGGAGACGACAGGAAAAUGGCCACCUGGGAUGAAAAGUAAUACUGAAAGAAAUAGAUCUGGAGUAAAGGUCUGCUCAUUGGGGUGAAUGACAGCAGGCAGUCACCCGCAGGGCCAAGGUGGCUCCCGCCGAGAGGAUGAGCAAGUUCUUAAAGCACUUCACGGUCGUUGGGGACGACUACCACGCGUGGAACAUCAACUACAAGAAGUGGGAGAAUGAAGAGGAGGAGGAGGAGGAGCAGCCGCCGCCCACACCGGCCUCGGGCGAGGAGGGCAGAGCUGCUGAUCCUACCACGGCGCCUGCCCCCCUGCCCAGGCCCCGCCUCGACUUCAGGACCACUUUGAGGAAGCUCUUCAGCGCCCACAGGUUUCAGGUUAUCAUCAUCUGCCUGGUCGUUCUGGAUGCCCUCCUGGUGCUCGCCGAGCUCGUUCUGGACCUGAAGAUCAUCCAGCCUGACAAGAACAACUAUGCCGCCAGGGUGUUCCACUACAUGAGCAUUGCCAUCUUGACCUUUUUUAUGAUGGAGAUUUUCUUUAAAAUAUUUGUCUUCCGCUUGGAGUUCUUUCACCACAAGUUUGAAAUCCUGGACGCCAUCAUCGUGGUGGUUUCCUUCGUCCUCGACGUUGUCCUCCUUUUCCGGGAGCAUGAGUUUGAGGCUCUAGGGCUGCUGAUACUGCUCCGCCUGUGGCGGGUGGCCCGGAUCAUCAACGGGAUAAUUAUCUCGGUUAAGACACGUUCUGAACGGCAACUACUAAGGUUAAAACAGAUAAAUAUACAACUGGCCACCAAGAUCCAACACCUUGAAUUCAGCUGCUCUGAGAAGGAACAAGAAAUUGAAAGACUUAACAAGCUACUGAGACAGAAUGGGCUUCUUGGUGAGGUGAACUAGAGGCAUACCUGCUCCACCCCAGAGGGAAGACCUGCCUCACGGGCUUGUGACGAGGAAGACAGCUGCCCCUCCUGGGGCCAUGUUGGGGAGAGGUUUGCUUUGAUGGCUUUGCCUCACUGCUGCCAGCUCGGAUUCUGGGGGACACAGUCUUUCAGAGGCUCUAUUUCUUCCUUGGUGUGACUGAGAACGUCCCAUCCCAUUCCCACCCCACACUGUGUAACAAAUGUAUCAUAAACUAUAUUUUUCUCAUGCUGAACACUUUACUCUUGCUUGAAAAUGAACAACAAGCUGGACAAUUACUAGCUGUAUAUAAAACUUAAUCUCAUCAAAUGUACAGUUUUCACAUUUCACAUGUAUAUUAAGGAACCAGUGCAUCCUUUCAUAUGACCACUCUGAAAGACAAAAGAGAAAAAAGAGAGCUACCUUAGCUAUCAGCACAUUCUAGAAAAGUCUUUUCUGUUUCCAAGCUGUUCUAAACAGCUAAUCACAAUUUCCCCCAAGGAGCUUGUUCUCAAGUACCCAGCCCCUCCUCUGCAUCCUCCAGCUUUUAGCUGGCUCCACCUAGUUCUGCCCCCUGACACCAUUUUUCUCAAUUACUGUACAAUUAAUGUAUAAAAUAAACUCUCUCCUUCCCGCGG